AUGUCGAGACAGCAUAAGCGAACCCUUAUAUAUGCGCUUCUUUCGGCCGUCGCGUUCGGCGGGUAUUACUGGCUGUACGCGCAGCCCACCGAUGCGCUCGCUGUCGCAUUCGAAGAGCACGAAGCGUAUAUGCACGAUGGAUCGAGUCUCGCGCGCAUCAAAUCCGAGCAGUCAUAUGAUUGGCGAGAAGCGCCUUUUGUGAACACGAUCACGUCCUACAUACCGCUGCCGACUACCGCUCCUCGUAAACUCCCGCGCGUCCAGUCCGAAGACUUCCCCGAAACAAACGCGCAAAGAAAACAGAGGGAACAACGUAGAGUCGCCGUGCGAGACGAAUUCAGGCAUAGCUGGAAUAAUUACAAGAAGUUUGCGUGGGCACAGGAUGAGCUUAAGCCAAUUACUGGUGAGGGUGAGGAGUCGUUUGGCGGCUGGGGUGCCACACUCGUCGAUUCAUUAGACACGCUGUGGAUCAUGGGACUCAAAGAAGAAUUCGAAGAGGCCGUGGAGGCCGUCGCGGCCAUAGAUUUCGGCAAGACCAAUUUGACCACCGUAAGCGUCUUCGAAACGACUAUCAGAUACCUCGGCGGGCUGCUGAGCGCAUACGACAUGAGCGGGAAGCCUAUCUUGCUUAAGAAGGCGAUACAACUUGGAGAGAUGCUGUAUCGAGCGUUUGACACAACGAAUAAUACACCACUGGGCUGGCUGAAUGUGGAGGGCGUCAAGAAGGUACCCAGGCUGGCCUUCUCCGCCGAGAGCAACAUUUGCUUUGCCUGUCUCGGCAGCUUAACCAUGGAGUUCACGCGGCUGGCGCAGGUUACGUCGGAGCCAAAGUACUACGACGCUGUUGCAAGAAUUACCAUAAUGAUGGAUCGUGCACAGGAUAGUACGAGGCUUCCUGGCUUGUGGCCAACUAUGGUGAAUGCUGCGAAAGAAGAAUUCAAUCAAUCUCGCUUCUUCUCCAUCGGCGCGCUUGCUGACAGCACGUAUGAAUACUUCCCCAAGAUGCAUGCGUUGCUGGGCGGGGUGGAACCUGCGUAUGAGAAGCUGUAUCGCGACUCUGCGGAGAUGAUUGACGCAUACAUGCUGUUCCGCCCCAUGGUACCUGACAAGUUCCACGGAGAAGACCUACUCCUGUGCGGCGAUGUCUUCACACACGGUGAAGAAGCCAAACUCGACCCAACCAUGCAACAUCUUACGUGCUUCAUUGGCGGCAUGUUCGGUCUGGCAGGCCGCCUGUUCUCUGACCCUGACCACGUGGACCUCGGCGCGAAGCUUACCAAGGGAUGCAUAUACGCCUACGCCGCCACACAAACUGGCAUCAUGCCCGAGACAUUCGAUAUGGUCGCCUGCGACUCCCGGAAAACCUGUCCGUGGAACCAUACGGCUUGGGAAGAGGGUGCGCUGUAUCAUUAUAGCAGCAAAUAUGUCGAAUCUUUCAACGAUGCAGUGGAAAAGUACAAGAUCCCACCUGGCUUCACCAACAUCCGCGACAAGCGGUAUCUACUCAGACCCGAAGCCAUCGAGUCCGUCUUCAUCAUGUACCGCAUCACUGGUGACCGGCAGUAUCUCGAUGACGCGUGGGACAUGUUCACCAGCAUCGUUGCCGCAACUCGAACGCCAUAUGCCAACGGACAAGUCCGAGACGUUACUUUCGUAGCGCCGAAAGCUCCAGGCCGGGCCUACAAAUCCGUUCCUGGUGUGGGCGACGUACCCUACACACGCGACGACAAUAUUGAGAACAAGAUGGAGAGUUUCUGGACAGCGGAGACAUUGAAGUAUUUCUACCUCAUCUUCAGCACACCGGACAUGAUUAGCUUGGAUGAUUGGGUGUUCAACACUGAGGCACAUCCGUUCCGGCGGCCGAAGCCAAGAUAG